UGUGCUGGCGGUGCAGGGUGACAGUCAUGCCUGUGUGUCCUCUGGUUUUUGCAGCUGCCCUGUGUGCGGCAGUCCAGGCUGUUUCUCCUGUACCCACGGUCCCUGACCAUGUCCAAGCCCUGGUGGGCUCCUGCGUGGUGAUUCCCUGCUCUUUCACUCCUCUAGCUCCUCAUCCUCUCAAGGGCAGGAAGGAGAGGGUGUAUGUCAGGCUGAGGUUCAGAGGGGGUGGCUAUUUAUUUCCUCUUCGGAGCAUUGCUUUUAACAGCAAGGACAGGGCUCAAGUGAGCAGGGAUUUCCGAGGCCGAGCAUCUCUCUUCGGGCGAAUCACAGAUGGCGACUGUUCAGUGAAGAUAGAAAGGAUCAGUCAGGAUGAUUCACGGAUGUUUGAGAUUGCUUUGAACAGAGGUGAUGACUCACUUUGGGGAAAACCUGCAAGCUUUAAUUUGGAUGUUGUUGAAACACUUGAAGCUCCUGUCAUCAGCGGCAUGCUGUCAGUGACAGAGGGACAGCUGGUCACCCUUAACUGCUCUGUCAGAUAUCACUGUCCCUCCAGACCUCCAGCCCUGAAGUGGAGCUGGGAGAGAGGAGUGCAGCUGAACAGCACAGAGCCUGGGGAGGUGCAGACACUCUACCCCGAGCCCCACAAAAUGAUGCUGCUGGCCUCUCUGUCCUUUACUGUGUCACACCAGGUGAAACCGAGACUAAGGUGUGAAGUCACCUACCCAGGAACCAGCCCACUGGCUACCUCAAAGGACCUGCAUGUGACAUUUCCGCCAAAGGAAGUGAAAGUUCAGGUCCAGUCCAUGAAUGUGCAGGAGGGGGCCAGUGCCUUGCUGGUCUGCUCAUGCAAAGCUGACCCUCCUGCAUCGGCGUACCGCUGGUCCUACAGUCAAUGUGGCCACACGAUACAUCUCCAGCAGCACACACACACAGUUCGGGUGUACAACGUGACUCGAGACAUGAGGGUCCGCUGCUCAGCACAGAACCCAAUUGGUCGAGGAGACUCCCUGCCCACGCUACUGAACAUACAGUAUAAACCAGCCAUCCACCAACUCUCCUCCAACUGUGUAGUAGAGGAGUUGGAGGUGGUGUGUCACUGUUCAGUUGACUCCAACCCCAAACCUGCAGUCACCUGGAGCGUUAAUGGGACUGUUCCACCUCAUGACUAUAACAUAUCAGUAACGUCAAAGUCUCACAUGCUGACAGCCACUCUGAGAGGCCACAUGGACACGCCUCUAACUGUGAUCUGCUUUGCUUUUAAUGCACUGGGAAAUGACUCCCUGGUCUUGCUGCAGGAAGAAGAUAAAACCCCUGUGCUGUGGUUGGUGAUACCUGCUGUGGGCAUCUGCUUGGCCAUAUUUCUUCUGUCUAUUAUUUUUUACUGCUGCAGAAAGAGAGCUGGAAAAGGUGCCCUGAGUAGACAUCUAGCAGUGUACCCUGAAGGACUGGGAAUUUAUCAGGACAGGAUGCCCCUCUACAUUAACUGCACAGAAGUGACUCAUAUCUAUACCAACGGCAGCUACCAACUUGUAUACCAGAAUUGCACACCUCUUUUUGUCCAUUCUAAGCAGAUCCGUCCAAUGGGCAGAAGAGGUGGAGAGAGAAGAAGAAGAGGAGAGGGUGGAGGAAUAGACAGACAAGCCAGUUUGGGAAGCAGAGGCACAAGAGAGGUGCAGAGCACUGCUGCAGCAGAUGCUGAAACAGCCAUCUACCUGGAGAUCCUCUGAGCUCUGAGUCGCAUGAUUCACAUUACAUUUAACUCUUCAGAUUCAUUCUCUUACUAGUGGUAAUCCAUGCAUGUAUGUACUGUAGCUUUUGUGGUAUUGUAUAUACUGUACAUCUCUAGUUAUAUAACACCAGCAUUUCAAAGUCAAGCACGCUGCUCUUUUGAAUAGCUAAAAGUAGUUCUCAUGAUUUCCAUAUUGAACAAUUUCUCUUUUUCAGUGUUGACCUGUGACCUACUUUUGUGAGCUUUUUAUAAAAG